UGUUUACAAAAAUACAUCGUGUGACGUAUGUCCUCAUUUUGCUUAAGUAAUAUUUCGUACAUGUACGUAAAGACAGGAACAAAGUUAGGUCAACCUUUUUCCUCCUUGAAGGACGGGUCAAAGUUGGUGCCCUGAUUUACUUUGACUGACAAAAUGUACCAUAGUACGGUAAAGAAGUGACACGGAGUGACAUUUCAUUUGAACAUGACUGGAUCAGUGUUGGUGUUCUGAUUUAAUUUUAACUGACAAAAUGUAUUUAGGAGAAACCUCCACUGGGCAAUGAGACUUGCAAUGUAAUCCAAAAUAUAGAUAAUUCCCAUCAUGUCACUGGGCUGGACUUUUCUCAGCAUUGUGUGGGGAUGUCUGCUACAUGUGCCUGCUGUCAGGGGAAAAGUGCCUUUCCAGUAUCAUAACUAUACCUCUUUGACGGCCACUCUGGAAAAGAUUGCCAGACAGUACCCUGCAAUCACUCACCUGUACAGCGUUGGACAGUCCAGGCAAGGCAGAGAACUGUGGGUGAUGGCAUUAGGACAGUCCCCAAAAGAGCAUGUCUUGCUGAGACCUGAACUUAAAUAUAUUGGAAACAUGCAUGGAAAUGAGGCAGUAAGCAGAGAAGUCUUGAUACAUCUUAUUGAAUAUCUUGCCUCCAGUUUCCAAAGUAACAGCACCAUAAAGGCCUUGAUGACUUCUGCUAGGAUUCACAUUAUGCCUAGCAUGAAUCCAGAUGGGUUUGAAAUCUCAAAGGAAGGCCAGUGUUUAGGAGAUCUGGGCAGGUAUAAUGCUGAUGACAUUGAUCUUCACAGAAACUUCCCUGACUUCUUUAGAGAGAACAAUGUGGCCAGAGCUCCAGAGACAGAAGCUGUCAUCUCUUGGUUAAAUGAGAACCAGUUUGUCUUGUCAGCCAACUUUCACGGAGGUGCAGUUGUAGCUAAUUAUCCCUAUGACUCUAACAUUAAAGGAAUAAACCAGUAUUCCAAGUCCCCAGAUGAUGACAUUUUUCAAGUCCUUGCAUUGUCUUACUCUCUUGCACAUCCCACCAUGCACAGAGGACAGGAGUGUGGGGAUAGCUUUCUCAGGGGCAUUACCAAUGGGGCACAGUGGUAUGUUAUCACAGGAGGAAUGCAGGACUACAAUUACAUCUACAAAGGUUGCAUGGAAAUCACCCUUGAAAUCAGUUGCUGUAAAUAUCCUUUGGCAUCUCAGUUAGAAUCAUACUGGGAGCAAAAUAAGAAUCCUCUUAUAAUCUACCUUCAGCAGGCAUUCAUGGGUGUUAAAGGUAUAGUCCGUGACAGAACUGGAACCCCUAUACCCAGUGCUGAGGUGACAAUUGAUGACCGCAUACAUCCAGUGAAAACAACACAACUAGGAGAAUAUUGGAAACUGUUACUCCCUGGCACAUAUAAUCUCAAAGUUACUGCUCAUGGGACCAACGAGUCACUGGUAACUGUUCAAAUUUCCGAGGGAGAUGUCACAGUUCAGAAUGUGACACUAUUUGAUAAAGAGACUGCAGCAUCAGGGGGAACCAAACUUGCUGUUUUAAGUGGCAUUGGAGUUUCAGCUUUAAACUUGCUGUUAAAAAAGUUCUUUUAAACAAUUUAUUAAUGUUAAUGUUAAUGUCUGUUUUUAUAUAUGGGGUACCAUAUCAAGUUGAAUAAUCAUUCCAAGCAAUUUGCUGUUAAAUGUGAUAUUAAUAUUAGCUAAUACUUCUUUUGAAAUCAUUUAUAUUGUUCCCAAGUAAACCAGAAGCUUUCAACUGAAUAUAGUACUGCUACUGCUACUGCUACUACUACUUUCAAAUGAAUAUACAUACUACCUAUUAAAUUCCUGUUAUUAUCCAGACUUUUUAAAGUGAAGAGCAGUGCAAAAAAUUAUAUUUAAAAUAUAUGCAACAUCCUUUUUGAGGGUCACAUGCAUCAAUGCCUUUGAUAAUCAAUUUAUUGGUAUUAUUUUAAGAUGUUUUUUUUUUACAUGAAAGACUGUCGGGUUAAAUGAAGUGCAACUUUUAUGCAAUUUAUUACAUUCUUUUUGUCUCCUGAAUUAACAUGAUAAGGUAAAGUUUUCUGCAGAUGUAUUUUUUUAAGAACUAAGAGCAGCAUUUCUGGAUUUUUACUAGCAUUUUUACUUACUGUUAAUAGCCAGUUGGCUAGUGAAAUGCUGUAGUUUGGUAUAAGUAAUCAUAUGCUGUUUUUACAUUUUAUUUUAUAUUGUUAUAACGCACAGUUGUAUUUUAUUUCUAACAAUACGUAGUAAAAGGGAAACACAGUUUAUUACCAAGAAUAUAGGCAUUAAUUUACCUUCAUUGAUUCAGAAAAUUUAACAAGUUACUUUUUCGUGCAUGUAAAAACAUGGAAACUUUUAUGAUCAAUUUGGCAAAUUAGUAUGACUUUGUCAUAUUUUGCAAAUUUUUUCACAGGAUAAGUUUCGUGAAAGGAUGGUUUCAGUGGGGAGUCAUAAGGAAAUUGUAUUUUUCAGUGCAUCGUAGUUGAUGUGGAUUUGCAAUUUGUCUGAAAGUUUAUAUUUUUAAUUCCAGACUGGAGAAUAUUCUUCUUAUAAGUGCCAUUCUAUGCUUUAACAUAAUAAGUAUUACAAUGGACUUAGAGUAAGAAUUGUGAGCACAAGUGUUAGGCAUGCAGUAUCAAAAUUUUAUUUUAAGAAGUUAAACAUUUUAAACGUCCCGUGUACAAUCAUUUAUUAAAAGAAUAAAAUUUUUAAACCAA